CAGACCCAGACUCCCAGCACCAGUCCAUCUCAAAACUCUCUCUACACGUGUCGACGCAUCCUCGCGUUCGUUAGGCCGCGACGCCCGCUCGUCUCAAAACAUGGAGCUCCCGGCCGCCUCCGUCCCCCACUCCGUCUGCACGGCGUACAGCAACCUCGUCACGACGACGGCGGCGCAGCAUCGGCGCUCCCGGCCGCCGCCGCCGCGGCGCCCGCGGCAGGGCAGCUGCUGCGCCAUGCUGAAGCAGCACAAGACGAGGCUGUACAUCCUCGGGCGGUGCGUCUCCAUGCUCCUCUGCUGGCACGACCGCGACGACUCCGACUGAGCCCCUCCGGCUAUGCUUGGUGCAGGCCUUUUUUCUUUUCUUGUUCUUUUGUGUGAACACAAACGUCAUAUAUACAUACUCGAAGAGAGAUGAUGAAAGUGUUGGCUGGUUAGUUUGGCAGAUUAUGGAAUGGAACCAAGCAAAUGUACAUGAAAAAGUUUCUUCUAUAAGUAUAUGAUUACAUUGCCAUUUCCCGGCCCGUUA